AUGACGUCUAGCACUGGUCUUCCCCCACUUUCCUCGAAAGGCGUCUUCUCAGCCUCAUCUUCUUGUGUUAUAAAUGCGCCUCGUGAAGUAGUGUGGGAAGUGUUGAUGGACUGGAAGUCAUACAAGGAAUGGAACCCUUUUGUGCGAAGCCAGCGCAUCACAGAUGCACGGAAGAAUCUCCUGCCCGACGAGACUCCACGUGAGGGGUGUUACCUCUAUAUCAGCCCGGUGAAUAUCCCUCCGUCCUUCGAAAGCACGUGGUUCCCAAGCUCCGCAUUCGAGCGAAUCACUGCGCUGGAUCAUGAAAACUAUCGUGCAGCAUGGGUGAACAUUGACAUGCCACACUGGCUACUCAACGCGGAACGGUGGCAAGCGCUCGUAGAAGUCGAGGGAGGGAAAACCCGCUAUGAAACGAUUGAGGUGUUCGAUGGGCUCCUCGCGUAUCUGAUCAAGGUUUUCGUUGGGAAUGGACUGAAGAGGGGGUUUAUAGCAAUGGCUGAAGGCCUCAAAAGCAGAGCAGAGGAAAGGUAUGAGCGGGGCACCUGA